GCCGGAAAUGAAACUGAGGAAGUUGAUGGCAACUGCAUGUGUGGAUUGAGAAGAAAAAGAGGAGUCAAAGUCACUGGGGAGCAGAACCUUACAGGAUGUGAAACUAUGGACACUUCUCACCCUGGAAACACUUCUGAUUCUCUCUCUCAUCAAAGAAAGCUUGCUCACCUCAAGCUAUGUACAGACGAACUUCUUCAGAAACCACCAGGCUUCCCAGCAAUGCAGGAAGCAGAUGAGAGCCCUCCCAAAUAUUGUCAUACAACAGAAGACCCACAGCAGGGCACAGAGGAACCUCACAAAAGCAGCCCAGAAGCUCAUGGGGCAAUAGAAAAUUUCAGCAAUGAAGACCAUGCACCGAAAACAGAUUUAGAUGGCAAAGAAGAGAAAGUUGUGUGUCUAAAUACAGCGAAAAUCAGGGAGAAUGCAAAAACACCAGGAAAUGAUAAAGAGAAACCUGACGCAGCAGAGAAGGAGUGGAAGUUCCACAUGACUGAGAAAAAGGACAUGGACCAUCAUGCAGCAACCCAGGAAAAAGAUGAAAGCAAAGUCUCUUUAGCUUUGGGCUCUGGAAUUUCCAAAGAAACUUUGCAAGAGUUGAAAAACCUGUUGAGAGAAAGCCCGGUGCUGAAUACCAGGGUUAGGAACAGUGGCAAACCCAGAAGUCCCUCUUCCCAUACACUUCCGCUGAAGUCUAGUGAUAAUCAAAGGAGCUACAUGGAAAUGUUUCACCCUCAUUUAAGAGGAGGUGAUCAGAAAGUCCUCUCUGGGCGCAAGCCAGGAGCAGGGCUAGCAGGGAAGCCACCCCUGGUGCACAGCUCUGCUGGGUUGGAUAAGCAGCCAUCCGAAAGCGAAGAUAUGGAUCAUUCUCCUGGGAGGCAACAGACACAUUCCCCCAAUGCAGGCAGUGCUUCAGAAGCUAAAUUUGAGCCCACAUCUGAGCACAGCAGAGAGCCCAGUGUAAAGAGCAUUCCCCUUCACUUGGUCUCUGAGAUUGAGCGCAUUAAAGAACAGAUGUCCAGAGACAAUAUACGUUUUGUCAGAUUUGAAGCAGCCGACCUUCAUGGCGUGUCAAGAUCAAAGAGCAUCCCGUCUCGUUUUUUCCGGGCCAAAGCAAUCCAUGGUGUUGCCAUGCCCAGAGGUUACCUUGAACUGACUCUGAAUCCCAAGGAUAAUGAAAUAAACCAUAUAAGCGCCAGCAAUUUCAACUGCGACAUAAUCCUGAGUCCUGAAUUAUCAACGUUUCGGGUUUUGCCAUGGACUGAAGACACUGCUAGAGUGAUCUGCGAUUCCUUCGCUGUAACUGGCAACCCUUUGUUGACUUCCCCCAGGCACAUUGCCAAACAACAGCUGGGGCAACUCCAAGACCACGGCUUUGCCCUGCGUUCUGCCUUCACUUACGAGUUCUGCAUUUAUGGCAUUGCCGAAAUCAUCAAUUCAAAGACGAUCACUUUCCCCACUACAACCAUGCUCAAUAACCAAGACCAGUGUUUCAUUCAGGAACUCAUUGACGGGAUGUAUCACGCCGGGGCGAACAUUGAGAGUUUCUCGUCUUCCACAGGACCUGGCCAAAUGGAGAUCUCUUUUCAGCCAGAGUUUGGCCUCAGUGCAGCCGACAGUGCCUUCACCUUCCGCACCGGCAUUAAAGAAGUGGCCAAAAAGUACAAUUACAUUGCCAGCUUUUUCACCGAGAAUGGAUUUUGCAACUCGGGCAUCCUCUCCCAUAGCCUUUGGGAUAUCACUGGGGAGAAUAAUUUGUUUUCUUCUGGUUCCGGAGCCCCCGAGUUCACCGACAUAGGGAAGAACUGGCUUGCUGGGUUAUUGGUGCAUUCUGCAGCUCUGAGCUGCUUGAUGGCUCCAACCAUCGGCUGCCGUAAACGCUACAACGUGUACCGCAAGGAUUCCAAGGAGAUGGUGUCUGUGAAGUGGGCAUGGAAUGAUAACAGCUGUGCAUUUAACGUCAAAAGUCACGGCGAGAAGGGAACUCGGAUUGAAAGCAGGCUAGGUUCAGCAAUGGCAAACCCUUACUUGGUUCUGUCUGCUACUAUUGCUGCUGGUCUGGAUGGCAUAAGGAGAGGACUCAGUUUCCAGGAGGCAUCAGAGGAGAUCCAGAGCACUGCUCAAUUCAAAGUUGCAACAAUCCCGCUGAAACUGGAAGAUGCUCUCAUUGCACUUCAGGAAGAUGAGUGCAUCCGGGAAGCCCUAGGUAACACCUUUGUCCGGUAUUUCGUCGCUAUGAAACAGUAUGAGAUGGAAAAUGAAGAGAUGGAUGUGGAAAGGAAUAAAUUUUUAGAAUAUUUUAUCUAGCACAAGUGCAUGACAUUUUGAGAGCCACUGUAGUGUUAUGGCUAAGAGCCUGAGCUAUGGAUCAAGAAGUUUCCAGUUUGAAUCCCAUCUCUGCCAUGAACUCAUGGGGCAGUCUUAAGCAAACUGCUCUCUCUCAGCCUCAGUCCUCUCAUCUGCAGCAUGGGAAAUAAUAAAAUUGACCUACCUUACAGAGUUGUUGUAAGGAUCACACCCAGAUAAUGUGAAUGCAUUACUCUGAACACUUGUUAAAUGCUAUACAGAGUAUUAGAAUUGUUUAUUGGUAGAAAGAUUGGUUUCCAUAGCUUUGUAGUAAAUAUAGAUGCUCUUGAAUAAGGCUUUUUCAGUUUCCAAAAGCUGGCAUAUAGAGCACCCUGAUUCCUUUGCCCCAGAGUUCUGUAUAUGUUUGGCAUACUGAAAAAAACAAAGCUGGCUAGUGAAAUCCUGUGCUGCAUUGUACACACUUAUUUCCUGGAUUGUUUCCUUCAGUACCAGUUUUGCAGUAAAGUGCUGAACUGAAGUUGUGAAAAGCUCCAGCAUGAAGAUCAGUCACCAAUAAAAAAGGUUGUAAAUAAUUCCAAUGCUGUUUUCUUCAGCUUUGUAUACAGCAACUGGGAACCAUUCACAUAUAAGAUAAAGUCUAUCCAAGUGUAGCUCUGUUCAUCAGGGAGUGGUUUUAUUUUAAGUUAAGUUCUAAAAGUUUUAUACUUCUUAGAAGAAUAAUUGCUGAACUAUGGCUUGGAUCCUGAGUUCCAUUUGGCAAACAGAAGGACUCAUUCUAGACACAUGGUGAAGGAUGUCACUGGUGGAUGUGAUUCUUGCCACCCCCACCCUAGAGUUGGUACCCUAACCAUCCGAAGCAGAUUUUGGGGGUGGGCUUCACUGGGAAGGGGAAAACUGAAAAAAGCUGCAUCCUUUUUCCACCAGUGGGGUAUGAAUGAACCUUUGCUCACAGAAUGCGCCCGCAUGUAGGGAUUCAGAGAAUUCUACUGGAAACAGAAUUGGAAAUGGAAAUUGCCACAAUUUGCAUGCUCAUCAAAGGUCAGGAACAGAAAUUGUGCAAUUAUCUAUGCAAUGU